AUGGACGAACAAAAAGGACUACAUACCGGUGCUGGAGAUUCUGCCGUUGGUCCUCCGAAAGAGCUGCUUGUACGUCAUCCGCUUCAAUCAAGAUGGGCUUUGUGGUAUUUGAAAGCAGAUCGAAACAAGGAAUGGGAGGAUUGUUUAAAGAUGGUUUCCCUCUUCGACACUGUCGAGGAUUUUUGGGCGCUCUACAACCAUAUACAGACAGCAAGCGGUCUUAAUUGGGGCUCUGACUAUUACUUGUUCAAAGAGGCCUGUUUCUCUAAAUUUAACCAACGUACAUGUCCUUUUACUAUGCUCAAUCUGCAGGGCAUCAAGCCGAUGUGGGAAGACGACAGUAAUGUUAAGGGUGGUCGUUGGCUUGUUGUUGUUGACAAACAGCGACGCACUCAGCUGCUUGAUUAUUACUGGCUCGAGCUCCUGAUGGCAAUCGUCGGUGAACAGUUUGAAGAUUUGGGUGAAUAUAUAUGCGGCGCCGUGGUCAACGUGCGGCAAAAAGGAGAUAAGGUUUCGCUAUGGACCCGUGACGCUUCUCGUGACGAUGUGAAUACCCGCAUUGGACUCGUGCUCAAGGCGAAACUGGAUAUCCCAGAUUCGGAACCUCUGAGAUACGAGGUGCAUAAGGAUUCUUCAGUGCGUACUUCAUCAAUGGUAAAACCACGCAUAAUGAUUCCAAAUAAGGAAGCAACUGCUACGACUGCCCGCUAG